CUGGUUGAAGAAGAGCUGGACCGUGCUCAGGAGCGCCUGGCCACUGCCCUGCAAAAGCUGGAAGAAGCUGAAAAAGCUGCUGAUGAGAGUGAGAGAGGUAUGAAGGUUAUUGAAAACCGGGCCUUAAAAGAUGAAGAAAAGAUGGAACUCCAGGAAAUCCAACUCAAAGAAGCUAAGCACAUUGCAGAAGAGGCAGAUAGGAAGUAUGAAGAGGUGGCUCGUAAGUUGGUGAUCAUUGAAGGAGACUUGGAACGCACAGAGGAACGAGCUGAGCUGGCAGAGUCCCGUUGCCGAGAGAUGGAUGAGCAGAUUAGACUGAUGGACCAGAACCUGAAGUGUCUGAGUGCUGCUGAAGAAAAGUACUCUCAAAAAGAAGAUAAAUAUGAGGAAGAAAUCAAGAUUCUUACUGAUAAACUCAAGGAGGCAGAGACCCGUGCUGAGUUUGCUGAGAGAUCGGUAGCCAAGCUGGAAAAGACAAUUGAUGACCUGGAAGAUAAACUGAAAUGCACCAAAGAGGAGCACCUCUGUACACAAAGGAUGCUGGACCAGACCCUGCUUGACCUGAAUGAGAUGUAGAACGCCCCAGUCCCACCCUGCUGCUGCUCCUCCCUCUGACCCAGACUCCGCCUGAGGCCAGCCUGCGGGAAGCUGACCUUUAACUGAGGGCUGAUCUUUAACUGGAAGGCUGCUUUCUCCUUUCACCACCCCCUCCUUCCCUGUGUCUUUUUCGCCAAACUGUCUCUGCCUCUU